UGCCAUGCUCCGCUGUCCCACGUCGCCCGCGGCCGAACGCCCGCCCUCGGGCUCCGGAAACACCUCGCCGCACGCCAGCACGUGACCGUGACGUCAGCGCGCGCCACCCGCGGGGACCGGCUUUCGCGCGGUCGUAGUCGUUCGGAAUUGCUGGAGCUCAGCGAGUUGCUGGGUUACUGUGAGUUUUGUUUUACCGUCGUUGGUGCUUCCGGCCCUGCGUCCGCCUCCACCAUGUACCACAACAGCAGCCAGAAGCGGCACUGGACGUUCGCCAGCGAGGAGCAGCUGGCGCGCCUGCGGGCCGACGCCAACCGCAAAUUCAAGUGCAAAGCGGUGGCGAACGGGAAGGUUCUUCCAAAUGAUCCAGUCUUUCUUGAGCCUAAUGAAGAAAUGACACUUUGCAAAUACUAUGAAAAAAGGUUAUUGGAAUUCUGUUCAGUGUUUAAACCAGCAAUGCCACGGUCUGUUGUGGGUACAGCUUGUAUGUAUUUCAAGCGUUUUUAUCUUAAUAAUUCAGUAAUGGAAUAUCACCCCCGGAUAAUAAUGCUCACUUGCGCAUUUUUGGCCUGUAAAGUAGAUGAAUUCAAUGUGUCUAGUCCUCAGUUUGUUGGAAAUCUUCGAGAGAGCCCCCUUGGACAGGAAAAGGCAUUGGAACAGAUUUUGGAAUAUGAACUACUACUUAUACAGCAACUUAAUUUUCACCUUAUUGUCCACAAUCCUUAUAGACCAUUUGAAGGCUUCCUCAUUGAUAUUAAGACUCGCUACCCUAUGUUGGAGAAUCCAGAGAUUUUGAGGAAAACAGCUGAUGACUUUCUGAGUAGAAUCGCUUUGACAGAUGCUUACCUUUUAUACACACCCUCACAGAUUGCCCUGACUGCCAUUUUAUCUAGUGCCUCUAGGGCUGGAAUUACUAUGGAAAGUUAUUUAUCAGAGAGUCUAAUGCUGAAAGAAAACAGAACUUGCUUGUCACAGUUACUAGAUAAAAUGAAAAGCAUGAAAAACCUAGUAAAAAAGUAUGAGCCACCCAGAUCUGAAGAAGUUGCUAUUCUGAAACAGAAGUUGGAGCGAUGUCAUUCUGCUGACCUUGCACUUAAUGUAGUUACGAAGAAGAGGAAAGGCUAUGAAGAUGAUGACUAUGUAUCAAAGAAACCCAAACAUGAAGAGGAGGAAUGGACUGAUGAUGACCUCGUAGAUUCUCUCUAACCAUUUGAAGUUGAUUAUGAUUAAUCAACAGAAGUAGGAAGCAUGUCUGGCAUAUAACUUUAUUUUUUAAAGUACAAUGUAAAAAACAUGAAAAUAUAUUAAACUUUUUUACGUUAUUGAAUUUUUUUUCCUUUUGUGAUUGCUUUGUGUGAAAUACAGUGUCUUCGGAAGAGGAAGAAUGCCA